AUGGUCAACGAUGGUCAAUGGUCAACGAUGGUCAACGAUGGUCAACGAUGGUCAACGGUCAAUGAUGGCCAAUGGUCAACGAUGGUCAACGAUGGCCAAUGGUCAAUGAUGGUCAAUGAUGGUCAAUGGUUAACGAUGGCCAAUGGUCAAUGGUGGUCAAUGGUCAAUGAUGACCAAUGGUCAACAAUGGUCAAUGAUGACCAAUGGUCAACGAUGGCCAAUGGUCAACGAUGGUCAACAAUGGCCAAUGGUCAACGAUGGUCAACGAUGGUCAAUGGUCAACGAUGGCCAACGGUCAAGAACGAUGGCCAACGAAGCUCCACCUUCCACUGGAGCUUCCAGGAGCUCCUUGGGGUGGAGGAAGAGGAGGAGGAGGAGGUGGGGGAGGAGAUCUCGGACCUGACGGAGCAGCUGGGGGCCGGUCACAAGACCAUCCACGAGCUGGAGAAGGUGCGGAAGCAGCUGGACGCUGAGAAGCUGGAGCUUCAGGCUGCUCUGGAGGAGGCUGAGGCCUCCCUGGAGCACGAGGAGGGGAAGAUCUUGAGGGCCCAGUUGGAGUUCAACCAGGUGAAGGCCGACUACGAGCGCAAACUGGCCGAGAAGGACGAGGAGAUGGAACAGGCCAAGCGCAACCACCUCCGGGUGGUGGACUCUCUCCAGACCUCGUUGGACGCCGAGACCCGCAGCCGCAACGAGGCCCUCAGGCUGAAGAAGAAGAUGGAGGGCGACCUCAACGAGAUGGAGCUCCAGUUGGGUCACGCCAACCGGGUGGCCGCCGAGGCCCAGAAGCAAGUCAAGACCUUGCAGGGCUACCUCAAG